AUGAUUCAAAACAACGGCAAUAUGGGAAAUACUCAGAAUGUGUUUAACGAACGGUUUAAUCGUGCACAAGGUGAAGUGCAGGAACGAGGUGGACGACAGAUGCAGAAUCCAUCGGUAACUGGAAAAAGGAAAUCUCGUGAAGAGGAGUUAUAUGAGUCUCUGUAUUAUGCGAAGUGGAGUUAUGUGAUGUCAGGUUAUAAUCAAGAGCCACUCGGUAUGAAGGUAUUCUUUGGAAGACCACAACACAUAUGGACGGAAGAAGAAGUUGAUAUAACUCCUGAACAUUGUGAAGUUGAUGCGGAACUUGAGGAGAGACCCACUGGCCUGGAGAUCUUUGUCCUUACAUCAAAGAUGGGUUGGCCCUCAGAUAGAUUUCAAUGUUCUCUCAUUAGUUUAUAUCAGAGAAUUGGGAUAUUGGACAAUAAUGUCUACAUCCGUCGUGAAAUGAUGCGUGUGUGGUAUAUAAUACAACGAAAAUUAAAUGCAUGGUGGGUGGAAAAGACAGAGAGCACACCACCAACACACAUUGUCAUUGGUAUAUCUGGUAUUGGAAAAUCAUGUGGAGUUGGAUCAUUUUUACUUCAUUCCCUACUUCACUUCCAUGAAGGAAUGCUUGAUGUCGUUGUGUUUUUCACGGGUUCCAAAGCUUACCUUAUAUACAACAAGAAGGGGAAUGAGGAAGGGAGGGUUGUAUUGUACAAGAGAGAAGACGUCACUAAUGUUAUUAAGGAAAUGCGUCUAAAAAAAAGAGGGCAUAUUAUUUUUGAUAUUAAUAGUCGUAAGGAAACUCUGCCUUAUGAGAUCCCAAGAAAUGUUUGGGGUGUGACUGUCCUCGCACCCCCAGAUGGAGUUAGCUACAAGUACUGGAUGAAGAACCUGGAACAAACAAGGAUAAUUUUAAACUGCGAUGACGUACGUGACAUUAAGGCGUUUGUGGCUUGGAAGAAACUGUCCCUAUUUCCCAACUAUACGACUCUCGAUGAAAAUGCUCGUUUGAAGGUUAAGGAAGAGCUAGAGGAUGAGUGGAGGUUGGUGGAGAGACGUGUUGACUUUGUGGGGCCGCUGCCUCGUUAUGUUUUCAGUAAUGGAGCUGGCUGUCGUGAGGCGGCAGUAAUAGGGUAUCUAAGCAGUCUCAGUUGUAAUAGACGAGAUGGCUAUGAUAUGAUGAUGGGAAAAUAUUUUGAAUGGAAAGGUAAUCAUUUCACAGAAUCGUUAAUAAAGAUUGUACGGGAGAGGAGCAGAUAUGGCAACCUCGAAUCAUACCACUGUAGACCUCUAUCAGUUGCCAUUGGGAAUAUGAUACUCUGUACGCUGUUUGCAGAUGUUGCGGAAAGUAUGUCAUCCCAUGAAUUCAUGAUGGAAUACGGUAAGGUCGGAGCCUACUCGCUUAAAACAAGGGCUUUGGUUUCACUUCUCUUUCCUAGAGUCUUUUGUGUGGUCACAAAACAUUUGAACUACCUCCGAAGACUCGGAGAGACGGAAGACAAGCGUAGCAUCCUGAAAGAUAUGACCCCACAACAGUUUCAAAUUUUUGAACAAAAGUUCUUGCCAAAAACUGGACAGAAUGCAAUUGGAAACUGUAAAUACAAAGUGCUCUACAGGUCAUUGGAGGAGAGUAAGCUUUUUGUGGAUGGCUUUUUCUUUGUGGAAGAUUGCUCUAGAAGGGUUGCGGAUAUGAGGGAUGGUUUUCCACAACUGGGAGUUGCCUCAAAGACUAUUGUGCUUAUUCAAAUAACAGAUAAUUACAGGAAAGAAGCAAGUGUUUCAGAGUUACAGGAAUUUAUGACAAACAUUGCAAGGUAUUUUUCCGAUUGGGAUACCUUUUCUCGUAACAUGGCAUGGGAGAUGAUAUAUGUUAAUGCUAUUUAUGGUGGUGUGAUUAAGACGCGGCAACGAUGUGUGAACAACAACACCGCUGAUGCUGAGCAACAAACUGAGGAAACACAAGUAUUUUGGGAUGGUAUUGACCAGUAUCAAAUAACAUUUGAUAAAAAGAUACAGAAAGAGCUUAUAAUAGCGUAUCAUGAAGAGAGAAAAUAUCGAGAUGCACCAGCAUUCACACGGAAACGAGGUCAUGAGUAG